UGGACCUACAUACAGUAGGUUAAACAGUUGCCCAGAGAAGCUGAGCCUCACUCUGAAUCCACUCUCUCUGCCUGCAACAUUCAACUCGGUCACCAUGCCUGGGAUUAUAUUUCUUCUGCAGUUUAUAAUGGCUGUCAUCAUGCUGCCUGCUCACAUCCUUAAUUAUCUUGGUAUUUGGGAUUCAUUUAUUAGGAAACGUUUUCCAUUUUUCAUGAACAUUUUCGCUCAGAUCUACAACAAAGUGAUGGAGGAUCAGAAAAGAAGACUCUUUAGCAAUAUCUCUGACUUUUCAUGCGAUUCCAAAGAGCUCAGGCUUCUAGAGCUUGGCUGUGGCUCAGGUGCAAACUUCAAAUUUUAUCCUAGGGGCUGCAAAGUGACCUGCUUGGAUAUCAACCCAAACUUCCAAAAGUUCCUGAGCAAAAGCCAAGCAGAAAAUGACCACCUGACCUACGAUGGCUUUUUGGUAGCAUCUGCUGACAACAUGACGCCUGUGGCUGAUGGCUCUAUGGAUGUUGUUGCGUGCACGUUGCUAACUUGUUCUGUGCUUAACACACCAGCUGUACUGAAAGAGAUCCAGAGAGUCCUCCGGCCGGGUGGAGCUUUCUACUUCAUGGAACACGUGGCUGACCCAGAUGAAUCCAGCUGGAAUAGUUUUUUUCAGAAAGUCCUGAAUCCCUCCUGGAAGUUGAUUUUUGCUGGAUGUAGCAUAAGAAAGACCACAUGGAAAGACCUGGAGAAUGCAAAGUUCUCUGUCUUGAACCUGCGCCACAUAACUGCCCCCUUACCUUUGAAUGUCGUUAGUCCUCAUAUUAUUGGAUAUGCUGUGAAAUAAAUACAUUGACACUAUUUUACAGAUGAACUCAAAGUUUGGUUAUUCAGCAUAUGUUGUAUUUUGUUUCCAAGAGUAUUACGCAGCUGAAAUAAAAAAAUAAGUGAACCCUUUGGAAUAAGCUGAAAUUCAGCAUUGAUUAAAGGGCAUCUGUCAGCAGAUUUGUUCCUAUGAAACUGACUGACCUGUUACAUGUGCACU